AUGAACAUUAAACUGAAUAUCAACAAAAAUGAAAAUAGUAAACCGACUGUCUCAUCAACUGACAAGCAAGUUACCAAAAGAAAACACCCUACCUUAUCCCCCAUAAUAUCUACAAACAACAUAGAAAGUUUUGAGGAUUUUUGUUCCGAUGAUAGUGUCAAAGACCCAGAUUACGAGUAUUCGAAUGGUGAUGCAAAUAACCGUAGAAGUUCAAGCAGCUCAAGUGGUUCGAACAGCUGCUCCUGUAGUUCAAGCAGUUCGUCCAGUUCAGAUUCUGAAGCAGAUCAAGCUUGUUCAAAAGCAGUUGCGCCAUCUAAAAUAGAAAAUAUCCUGAGGUGUUUUUCGUCAUCUAGCACCAACGAAGAUGAAACUCCACGCGAUUGUGUUGCUGAACCAGUAGCUGGAAGGUUUACAAAUAACAAUUUUAGUAACCCUUCUGAUCCCGUAGCUUCACGGUCUACAAUUUCUGCAGAUAUAGCUUCUCCAUGUAUUGAAGGUAAUGAAAAUGUUAAUUCGAGAAAAGAACGGAAACGAAAAGCUACACCCAAUAACUGGUUACGCGCCAAAGCGAAAAUUUUGAGAAAUUCUGGUAAGUCUUACUUGUCUAAUUCAAAAAAAGAAAUGACCAUAGUCCCUGCAAAGUCUUUAAAAGCACCAUGUUCUGAAAAAUGCAAACAAAAUUGUGUACAAAAGAUUACAGAAACACAACGCCAGCAAAUUUUUGAUAACUAUUGGACCAUGGGAGACUUGCAGAGACAACGUGAAUUUAUUCUACGCCAUCUUUCAGUGGUUGAACCAAGAUAUUCGUAA